AUGGGAUUGUCUAAAUGGGUGAACACAAUCUUCCGGUCGGGCAAAACGGCUGCAGCCGCUACGGAAGCAAUCAAAACGAAUAACGCGGCCAGUUCCAGCGGAGUUAAGAACAAAGUGAAAACUCUUUCAAGCCAGCAGCAGAAUGGAUUUGCCUCGGAAGCUUCGUUUGAGACACGGGCUUUCAAGCUGCAUAACCUUGAAGAAGGUCCAUCGACUAAGGUAACUGUCACGAAGGAGGAUGCCCUAAAAUACUACGGCCAGAUGUACAUGAUCCGGCGCAUGGAAACGGCUGCCGGAAAUCUGUACAAGGAAAAGAUCAUCAGAGGGUUCUGCCAUCUGUACUCUGGACAAGAGGCUUGCGCUGUCGGAAUGCGUGCCGCUAUGCGUCCCGAGGAUUCCUGCAUCACGGCUUAUCGUUGUCACGGAUGGACGUAUCUGAUGGGCGUCGCUCCGCAGGCCGUUCUAUCGGAGCUGACGGGCCGUAGUAGUGGCUGUGCUCGUGGCAAGGGAGGUAGUAUGCAUAUGUACGGUAGGAACUUCUACGGCGGAAAUGGUAUCGUCGGUGCCCAGGUUCCACUUGGCGUCGGAAUCGGAUUCGCGGCCAAGUACAACGGAACCAAGGGGGCUUGUAUUGCGCUGUACGGUGACGGUGCUGCCAACCAAGGCCAGCUGUUUGAGGUGUACAAUAUGGCCAAGCUCUGGAACACGCCUUGCAUUUUCGUCUGCGAGAACAACGGCUACGGAAUGGGUACCAGCGUUGAGCGCGCCUCGGCCAACACCAACUACUACACGCGAGGAGACUUUGUGCCCGGAAUUUGGGUCGAUGGCAUGGACGUGUUGGCUGUCCGCGAAGCCACCCGUUUCGCUUUGGAACAUACCUCAUCCGGUAAGGGACCGAUCCUGAUGGAAACGGCCACCUACCGGUACUCUGGCCAUUCAAUGUCCGAUCCGGGCACCAGCUAUCGAUCGCGUGACGAAAUUGCCGAAGUAAGACAAACGAGAGAUCCGAUAACAUCGCUACGCGAAAAGAUUUUAACCACCGAGCUGGCCACGGUAGAGGAGCUGAAGGAGAUUGAGGGCAAGAUUCGGGCGGAGGUAGACACGGCAACAAAAGUGGCAAAGGCGGACAAAGAAAUUUCCGUCGAGGAGCUUACCGCAGAUAUUUACGCAAACCCACAAAACCUGACGGCCGUGCGCAACACGUUGCCGCACGCGGAACUUGCACACAAGAGACUUGGACAGGCGGUCAAUAUGUAA